AUGCGAUUCUCAGCAACACCUUUCGUGCAUACUGCUUUGGCGUUGAUGCUGAUGAUAUCAGUGACGGACGCUGUUCCACUUGGCCGUGCAGCGCCAGCACCAAAACCUGUACCCGCUCUCCCUAAAGCUGCGCCGGCACCAAAGGUACCUGCAGUACCGCCCAAGGCCCCUGUCCCCCCGAAGGGUGCUCCCGGCCCACCGAAAGGCGCACCUAUACCCCCCAAAGGCGCGCCGAAGGUACCAACAAAGCAGCCAAAUGGACCCGCUCGGCUGCCACCACCGUCAGGGCCUUCCAGGCAACCCCCCGGUGCUAGUCCGGGGAAAUCAGAUCCGUCUUGUGAUGUACCUGUCAAGAACAGCAAAGGAAAAACAAUUCAUAAACGCUGCGAUACAUCCAACGACCCUCUUUUGGCUCACAUCACCAUCGACUCAAGUUGUGCAGCUCAUGAGGCCAAGGUGAAAACUGCUCUGACGGACGCGAUUACUCUGGCAACCACGGCGCAUGGUAUGGGGCCGGCUGACCAAGCGUUCAAGAACUACUUCCUUCCUACAGAUCCCGAUGAUGUAGGUACAGUCCCAAAGGUGUUCGCAGCGAUUGCUGGCUCGAAGAUGUCAAUGAAAGUGACAUGUCCUACGGAAGCCCAAGAACCGAGUUGUAAGGGAACGUUAGCAUUGACGGACACGAAGCGAUCUGCCAAUCCUCCGACCAUGAGGCUCUGUCCUGUCUUCUUCACAGAUCAUGAAACCCAACUUGAUCUCAAUAGCAAGCUAUUUACCCCUACUGGAUGGUGUACGGCUCCUCCACAUACCCUGGGGAAUUUCGUCACAGCAGGCCACACUAUUCUGCACGAAAUGACCCAUUUCGGAUAUAUCGGUCUCCAGGCCGGGCUAAUCCAACCCACCGAUAAUGAUGAUACAGCCGGGACUCUCGAUAUAUUAGGUAAGAAUGACGAGAAUGACGGGAGGAAGAAGUACGGCAGUCCGAGCAGAUAUGCUCCGGCAGCGGCGCGGACACUCCAGCAGCAUUGGGUCGCUUUCCAAGCCCAACAAGCAUCGGGCACUAAACCCCAGAAACCGCUGAAGACUCCACCUCUUGCCCCAAUGGAGAAUGCUGAGAGCUAUGCAGCUGCCGCUACUGAAUUCUAUUUUGCACACAAGUGCCCUAACUUCGAUCCCACUCAAGUGACAGCUGCGCCUUGA